AUGAGCGUCUUGCUGAUCGAAGUGCUGCGCAAGUGCUUGGAUUGGUCACUGUUGUAUGGGAUCUUGCCAUUGCUGUGCGAUGAGCACGCCCUCGCCCGCCUCGAAGAGUGGUGGAGGACUCGCCUCGGUGGACGAGCUCUUUCCCGAGGUGCGCUCGCCCGGGGGAUCGGAAGUGUCGGACACCACCUCCAUUGCCCUGGAGAAGAUGUCCAAGGAGAUUACCUCCUCCUUGAAGUCGGUGGUCCUCAUCUCCGCUGCCAUCGAGUCUCAG